AUUUCUAGAUUCCGGUCAUCACAACACAGAGAUGGUGAGGUGAGUUGAUGAAAGCAACAUAAGAAGACUGCAGUGAAUUUCUAGCCUCCAAAUCGUUCUCCAACUAGCCGGCCAAUGUUAAGAAAAUUAUUUUCCAGUCGCGCAAUAGACUUUUAUGUAACUCGCAAACUUGUUACUGCAGAUCUCUCAUCUCUGCAAGUUUGAAAAGGUCCUUUCUGCAACUUAUUAUAUAACAAAGCCCCAUUCUCCCGGCACAAUAAUUUUUACAAGUCUCGCAAAUUAUACAAAGUUGGUCAAUAUUCGAAAACACUUAUGAACAUAGCUUGUUACUUCAUUUUGCUUAUAGUUAUUUCUUUGGUGUCGCCAUCGCGGUGUGGACAAGUUAUUGUAGACAAUGGCAGCCUGAAUAGUCCUCCGGUGGUGAGGCAUGAAAGGGCCGGAGCGAUUAGAAUUGGUGCAAUUUUCGACGAAAGUUCUAGACGGGGCAGAGAGGCUAAGGUGGCCAUAGAGAUGGUGGUGCAUGAUUUUAAUUUAGCUGGAGAUCAGAAUCUGCAGAUUCACUAUGGAAACUCUCAAGGGAAGCCUGUUCGUGCAGCCUUGGCAGCGAAAGAGCUCAUGUCAACAUAUUCUGUAGAAGCUAUUUUGGGUGGUCAUACAUGGGAUGAAGCAUCAGCCAUUGCUGAGGCUGCUAGAGCAGAAGCUCAUAAUCUACCUGUACUGUCUUUUGCUGAUUCAACUCCAACAAUUUCGACAUCGUCUCCUGUUUUUCGAGCCACACCAAGCCAGGAAGUGCAGAUGAAUGCAAUUGCAGCUAUUUUACAGUCUUGGGGACUAAACCAAGUGACUCUAAUAUAUGAGAACUCCCCCACCUUGUCAUCAUCCGAGCUAAUAAUUUCUCAACUCUCCAAAGUACUUGAUCAAUCCGGGGCUGAACUAUCGCACAUCUUUGCUCUUACUACAUUUUCUUUGAGUUCGUUAGAGAGAGAGCUUAUUAAGCUCAAGAAACAGAAACACAGAGUUUUUGUAGUCCAUGCAACUCUUGAAUCUGGAUGUCUUUUGUACCAAAAUGCGAAGACAUUGAAUAUGACAGGUGAUGGCUAUGCAUGGAUCGCGACAAAUAGUAUCACUGAUCUCUUCCAUUCUGUGAGUCCCAAAAAAUUGUCAUCCAUGCAGGGCAUUGUUGGUACCAAAACUUAUUUUCCCGAAAACUCAGAGGAAUUUCAAGAUUUUAGGAAAAGAUUCCGCUCCAAGUUCAGGAAUAUUUAUCCUGAUGAAGAAUUUGAUGAGCCUGGUGUCUUUGCUUCACAGGCCUACGAUGCCAUUAGAGAUAUAACCAAUGUGUUCCAAAGAAUUUCAGCUGCGGAUUUUGCUAAAUGGAAAAUAGCUCCAGCUCAAGUAGUUGAAAUUGUGAAUGUAAUUGGAAGGAGUUAUCAAAAUGGUUAUUGGACACAAGGACUUGGAUUUUCCGAAACUGUUGAUGAUAAUGCUCUUCACCACACUUCUAUGGAGAUACUGAAAGAAGUCCUAUGGCCGGCACAACCUUGGCAUGCUGAGAGUCAGAGACGUAUUCUUGCAGGCAGAUCAGAGCCUCUUAGGGUGGGUGUGCCUGCAGAGGCGCUGUUCCGACAGUUUGUGCUGCAAAUAAAUGAAACUUCCUACGAUGGAUUUUCAAUUAAAGUGUUUGAAGAAACAAUGAGAGUUGCAUAUGCUGACAAAGACUUAACAUACAGUUAUACUCCUUUUUAUGGAGAAGACUAUGGUCAUAUGGUUGCGAAAAUUAAAUCAGGGGAAUAUGAUCUCGUAGCUGGUGACGUAACAAUUUUAGAAGAAAGACACGAUGAUGCAGAUUUCUCACAGCCUUACAGUGAAUCAGGAAUGGUGUUAAUAGUACCCCUUCGAUCCACUUUACCUAAUGGAAUGUGGCUCUUCCUUAAGCCCUUCACAACGGAGAUGUGGGGUGUACUAGUAGCCAUCACUGUUUAUAAUGGCUUCGCAGUUUGGUUGAUAGAGAGAAAUUACAAUGAGGAAUUUCGAUCAGGGACUGUCUGGAAUCAAACUGGAAUACUCAUUUGGCUAGCAUUCAGCACACUCUUUACAUUGCGUGGAGACAAGCUGCAUAGUAAUUUGUCAAGGAUGGCAAUGGUGGUGUGGCUUUUCGUGGCACUCAUAAUCACACAGAGUUACACGGCUAGCCUUGCUAGUAUGCUAACCGCGCAAAGGCUUGAGCCAUCUAUAAAGAAUGUCGAAACACUUGUGGAGAUGAAUGCAACAGUUGGGCAUUGCCAAGGGACAUUUCUUGGAUCAUUCAUUAAUAAAGUCUUGAGAAUCGAAGAAGGAAAAAUUAGAAAGUACAAUACCACACAUGAAUACGCAGAAGCCCUUAACUCUGGAGAAAUAGCUGGCAUCUUUCUGGAAGUUCCGUAUGCUAAAGUCUUCCUUGCUCAAUACUGUAAAAGCUUCAUAAAAACUGAGAAAACAUUUAAAAUGGGAGGUCUCGGCUUUGCAUUUCAGAAGAACUUUUCGAUGCUUCCAGAAAUAAACAAGGCAAUCAUGAGCAUUACUGAAAAUGGGAACCUUUCUAGGCUUGAGGAUGAAUACAUUAACAACCAGGAGUGUGUGGAUGAAGAUUCUGUCCAAAAUGAUGAUGGUAGUAUCGGCCUAAAUAGCUUCUCAGUACUUUUUGGCAUUUCGGGAGGCAUCUCAACCAUUGCUUUGGCCAUAUAUGUCCUUAGUUCCUCUUUAAGUUCUAAGCCAGACCACGGAAAUCUUGUCAAAGAAAAUAUCAUCAAGAGAUGGCUACAUCACGGAAGACAAUUAUCCGCUAGAAUUAGUAAUAUAGAACUCCCUAGAAGUCCCCCUAAUGCUAACUACAUAGAAGCCAGACAAUCCUUCAGUACAGUAAGCAGUGUAGAAACCCUCGAAGAUCAUCCCUAUGCUCCUGACCCUCAUAACCGGGUUUAAAGACGACACAACAGUAAUCAAUUGGAGUCGAGCACAAUGUAUGUAGGAUUAUUUAUAAAUGUAUAUACAGAAUCGUUAUUAAUUUCUAUUUUUUUGUUUGUUAAUCAGGAAAUACAUGGCUAUUAGUACAUGUCUUUACCAGUGUAUAUACUUCAAAUGAUCUGACUUCUCUUU